CGGGUUGGGUUAGCUUCCGGUUGGUCUCGCACCGGCGUUGUGUGGGACUGUUUCCGGUCCGUGUUGCCGCCCUGAGUUCCGGGUCUGCUGCGGUGUCGUCAGGCUGAGCUGCCGUAGGAGACAAGUCACAGUUUGCACAGACUCCCCAUCAGUACAACAUCUGCCUACAACAACAACCAGCUGACCCCCCUCCCCCGACACCCCCACUCCCACCAUGGAGCUGUCCCGAAAUGUGGCCCUCCCCCCCGUGCGCCCGCUCGCAGACUUUGUGGGUUCGGAGGCGCGGUUCGCCGUGCCAGACUAUAAGGACCCGGUCCGGUGGAACAACCGGAUCGUCAACAACCUGCUGUACUACCAGACCAACUACAUCGCCGUGGCAACCGGCAUCUUCAUCCUGGCCGGUCUGACGAAUCCCCUUGCGAUGCUGGUUGGCACGAUGCUCGUCACCGUGGUUUUUGCGGCCUUCAUCACGCUGACGGAGAACCAGCGCCAGCUGCAGCGGUUCAAGAAGGACCACCCGACGGUCUGCGUGGCCGGCCUGCUCGCCGCAUGCUACUUCAUCAUGCGCACCUUCCAGCUGCUGCUAGUCUUCGUCUUUGGCAUCACCCUGCCUCUGCUAGUUGUCCUUGUGCACGCCUCUCUGCGGAUGCGAAACCUGAAGAACAAGCUGAGUAACAAGGUGGAGUCCAUCGGCAUCAAGCGCACCCCGAUGGGCAUUCUGCUGGAGGCACUGGGACAGGAACAGGAGGCCGGCUCAUAAACGCCUCCUAGCAGGACCCGACAGUACUGCAGUACCGAUGGCAUCCUGCAGGAGGCCGGCUCAUAAACGCCCCCUAGCAGGACCCUACAGUACUGCAGUACUGA